UCCAUAAAAAGGCCAAAGAUGGCGUCGCUGGGACGUCGCGUCGAGAGAAACCAGACGCCGAAGUUCGCUUCAAAACAAACGUCGCUCCCGUUACAUUAGCAUCGCCGCUUAACUGAGUGAGGGGUGGGAAAUAAAACUCAGAAAUGGCGUCGGGUUAAGGAUUAAUGCGGGUUAAUUUUUCCUCUGGAUAUAAUUACAUAAGUAGUUCUUCUGGAGCGCGUGUAUGUGAAUAUCGAUAUCUUGCACGGUUAAUAAUGAACUCGGAUCAUCUGCAUGGAGUGACACGGACUGUUAGCGAGUAUGCUAACUAGCUAAAGCAGCUAGCCUGGAGCGGAUUUAGCCUGCGCUUUUGGAUGGAAAGAGCCGGGUGUAGAUCAGAUUAAAACGCCGAGACGGAUUAUUUGUGUUCGCCAUGUAUUUUCUGACGGGCUGGCCGCGGAGGCUGCUGUGCCCGCUGCAGAGCGCCGAGGAGCCCUUCCACAUCCAGCCCAGCUCGCAGCGCUUCUACUUCGCCGUGCUGUCGGACACACAGCUCAGCAUCUGGUUCAGCAGGCCCAGCGUCCUGAUAGUGAGUUAUAUCGAAUCGGAGAAGGCAGCUGCUCAAUUCGGUUUCUAUCAGCAGGCCGAAUGGAAGGCAGACGACUCCAUGAUAGCCGUGGCGGCUGCAAACGGAUACGUGCUGCUGUUCGACAUUGUCGGAGGUGGAGACGAGAAAUAUCUGUACGAACCCAUCUAUCCAAAGGGUAGUGUGCGUGUGAAGGUUACUCCUGGGUAUAAAGAGGAACAAUGUGCUCCUGCACUCAGUGUGGAAAUGAAGAAACCAGUCGACCUGGAGGCUCCUAUUACCAGUCUUCAGUCUCUGCAGGAGGAUCUGUUGGUGUGUACAGCUGAUGGCUAUCUGCACAUGCUGCACUGGGAUGGAGUGUGUAACGGCCGGAGAGCUGUAAACCUCAGCACCAUUCCUUUCUCUCUGGACCUGCAAUCCUCACGCGGAGGUCCGUGUUUGGAUCUGAACGGCGUCCACAUCCGAGAAAUGGAGUAUUGCAUGACGUUGGAUGGUUUCGCUGUCGUCCUCGAUGAUGGAAGACUCGGCUUCAUCACGCCAACCGCUACCAGGUUCUCCACCGAGCAGUUGCAGGGUGUUUGGGCAGCGGAUGUGACCGAUGGCACAUGUGUGGCGGUGAACAACAAAUACAGACUCAUGGCUUUCGGCUGUGCGAGUGGCUCUGUGUUGGUCUACAUGAUAGACAACACUACAGGAUCAAUGCAGCUGUCACACAAAUUGGAGUUAAGCCCCAAACACUACCCAGACAUCCAUAAUAAAACAGGUCCAGUUAAGCUAAUUCGUUGGUCUCCGGAUUGUAGCGUCGUCAUGGUGACCUGGACGUGCGGAGGCCUCUCUAUGUGGAGUGUGUUCGGAGCUCAUCUCGUCUGCACGCUCGGAGAGGACUUCACUUAUCGAUCAGAUGGCAGUAAGAAGGAGCCACUAAAGAUCAGCUCUAUGAGCUGGGGGGCAGAGGGUUACCAUCUGUGGGUGAUCGGCAGCACGGAGGUAGGCACGGAGCAGACUCCACAGUUAGGCCAGGCCUCCAUCCUCCAGUUUCAGUUCAUCAAGAGCGCACUCACGGUCAAUCCUUGUACGAGUAAUCAGGAGCAGGUGCUCCUCCACGGUGAGGAUCGGCUACUGAUGACGUGCGGAGAUGCUGCAGUCCAGAUACACAACCAGGAGCAACACUCGGCACGGAGCACAACACACACACAGCUCAGCACUUUACUGGGACACAAACACUGGCACAUAGUGCAGAUUCACAGCACAUAUCUGGAAACUAACUGGCCAAUACGGUUUGCAGCCAUAGACUCAACAGGUCAGUGUUUGGUGGUAGCCGGAAGACGCGGAUUUGCACAUUACUCUUUAUAUACCAGGAAAUGGAAACUGUUUGGAAACAUUACACAGGAACAGAGUAUGACAGUGACCGGUGGUCUCACCUGGUGGAACGACUUUGUGGUUGUUGCCUGUUACAAUUUCAUUGACCAGCAGGAGGAGCUGAGAUUAUACCUCCGCUCCUCGAACCUCGACAACGCCUUUGCCAGCGUUACAAAGCUGCAUGCUGAAACUUUGCUGCUCAACGUGUUCAGAAACACGAUCAUUUUGUUUCGCACGGACUGCUCCAUCUGCCUUUAUAGCAUUGAAAAGAAGCAAGACGGCUCUUCAGUGUCUGUAGAUUUACUACAGGAAGUGUCGAUGUCGCGUUAUAUUCCUCAUCCUGCACUGGUGGUUUCUGUCACACUCACUUCAGUCAGAACAGAGACGGGAAUGUCACUGAAAACCACACAGCAGGCAUGUAAUGCAGAAAGUAUUUUGUUGAAUUUGGCCGGUCAGCUCAUUAUGUUGCAGAGAGAUCGGUCUUGCCCACAGGUACGAGACAAGGACACAUCAGCCGGUCCGAAAACACUGCUGCCUUUCUCUCCACCCGUGGUUCUGGCUCAGUGUGUGGAGAGCGUGUGGGCCUCCAGUCACUCUGGUUCUAAGAAGCGCCACCUGGUGGAGGCUCUGUGGCUCUCGUGUGGCGAGUCGGGGAUGAAAGUGUGGCUCCCCCUGUUCCCACGCCGCGAGAACCGCAAACCACACUCGUUCCUCUCACGCCGCAUCAUGCUCUCAUUCCUCCUCGACAUCUACCCGCUCGCCGUGCUGUCGGAGGACGCACUCGUUUUGGGCGCUGCUAAUGACACUCUUCUUUAUGACUCUUCUUUUUCCUCCAAAGAAAGCCUUGGAGGAAACUCCUCCUCUUCGGAGGGCAUUGGAGGAGACUCUUCCACCAAAGAAAGCCUUUCUCGCCGGCCCUCCACGUUUUCGUUGUCACGUGAACCCCCAGAGUCGUUUUUUCCAUUCUGUUUGGUAGAAAGGACAUCUCAGAUCUACCUCCAUCACCUCCUUCGUCAGCUGCUGGUGAGAAAUUUGGGCGAGCAGGCCUUACUGUUGGCUCAGUCAUGCUCAUCGCUGCCUUAUUUCUCACAUGUGCUGGAGCUGAUGGUGCACGUGGUGCUGGAAGAGGAAGCCACAUCUCGCGAGCCUAUUCCUGACCCGCUGCUGCCCACCGUGGCCAAGUUCCUGGCUGAGUUUCCCCUGUUUCUGCGCACCAUCGUCCACUGCGCACGCAAGACCGAGUUCAACCUCUGGAACUACCUGUUUGCGGCUGUUGGGAAUCCAAAAGAUCUUUUCGAGGAGUGCAUCAUGGGCCGCGAUCUGGACACGGCAGCUUCGUAUCUCAUCAUACUGCAGAACAUGGAGGCUCCAGCAGUGAGCCGUCAGCACGCCACUCUCCUCUUCAACACGGCACUUGAGCAAGGAAAAUGGGAUCUCUGUCGUCACAUGAUCCGAUUCCUCAAGGCCAUUGGGUCAGGGGAGAGCGAGACCCCGCCCUCUACUCCAACCAGUCAGGAGCCGAGCUCUACAGGAGGAUUCGAGUUUUUUCGCCAUCGCAGUAUCAGUCUGUCUCAGUCAGCAGAAACGGUUUCUACUGGAAAAUUUAACCUACAGAAAACCUUCAGCAUGCCUUCAGGACCCUCCACUAAAGGUAAGGAGAGUGACAGCGCUGAGAACAUGUACAUCGACAUGAUGUUAUGGCGUCACGCGCGGCGUUUGCUGGAGCAGAUCCGUCUGAAGGAUCUGGGCUGUUUCUCGGCACAGCUGGGCUUCGAGCUGAUUGGCUGGCUGACUCGUGAGCGCACUCGUGUUGCUCGUAUCGUUGACUUUGUCUCUGCCCUUAAAUGUCUCCAUAACGACUUCCUGUGGCCUUUUCCUGUUCUCCCGGCUGGCUCACCACUCAAAAAUGGACGCUGUCGAACAGUGUUGAGCACACGUCUGCUGAAGUCUCGGUCUAACGAUAGCUUACUGAACAGCGAUAUGGACACGGCUCCACCGCAGAUCACCACCAAUCACAACUGGUUGGAUGGACUGGGGGCGGAGCCUAAAGAGAUCGACUCUGCUUCUUCACAUGGUGCUCCACAAACACAAGAAGCCUUUCUCUCUCCUCUCAUCAAUAAAACGGAGGAAUGUAGUAUCGGCUCAGCCACAGAUCUAACGGAGACUAGCUCCAUGGUGGACGGUGACUGGACGAUGGUGGACGAGAACUUCUCCACCCUGAGCCUCAGCCAGUCAGAGCUGGAGCACAUCUCCAUGGAGUUGGCCAAUAAGGGCCCUCACAAGUCCCAGGUGCAGUUGAGGUACUUGCUGCAUGUGUUUUUAGAGGCAGGCUGUUUGGAAUGGAGCACUGUGAUUGGUCUGAUUCUGCGUGAUGUCAGCAUCAUUAAGCAAGUGUUGGGUUUUUUGGAUGCUGCGGACACAGAAACUGUUCAGAGUGUACAAGGUGGACUCGUCGCUAUUGACCAGUGGGCUUCAUCUGAUUGUCUCGGUUACAAGCCCUUCCUGAACCUCAUCGCACCUGAGCUGCAGAAGCUGUGUGACGUCUCCGUGGAUCAGGUCCAGCUUGACUCGUUUCAGCCGUCCAUCUCCAAGAUGGCCGACCCAGUUCUGCCCCGAGUGGAGGAGCAUCGUGGGGUCGCAGCCUUUACCCAUCCCAUGACUCUUGAGAUCCCCACUGGCUCCGCCCCUCACAUUAUGGAGGACAACCACAAGGAGGAGUUUGAGGACGAGGCAGCUGAGGAGGGCGCUUAUGACUGCACUCUCUCGUGAUUUGAGAAAACUGAGAAUCAGCAGGAUCUGCAUUCCUCCACGUUGUGUGUCCUAAACCACCCUCUUAUUCACUAAAGCCAUGCAGCAUGGUCAAAAGGGCGCACAUAGUGCAUUAUGGGGCGUGGCAGGAAGCACAGGCAAAAGGCAGGAACUUUGUCUGGGUUUCAGUUGCACAUCUUUAUGCGUCGGCGUGCAUUAAGGGGACAACAGAGAGUACGUAGGAUGGUUUUGUGAACAGGAGGCUGGCUUUCUUAUUCACUGUGUAGGACUCACAUCAUCUUCACCUGGCACAGUGCGGGUGUUGAAAAUGAUAAUACAGUACAUCAUACUUAAUGUGCUCACAAAGGGCCAGGGAACAGUGGAGAAGAAUUUUAAAAACUCUAAAGACAGAAUAGAUCUUCUCCAGAUCAAGCAGUAAGCCUUGCGAAAUAAAAAAUACUUGCGAUAUCUGAAUUAUGUAGCAAGAAAGAGACACACAAUGAUUUAAAUGGAAAAAUUUGUAAGGUUCAACUUUUAGCACCCGUUGCACUGAAAUAUAUUACUUUAAAAUCCACGUAUCUGUCUUUAAUUUGCUUGAAAUUCAACAGAUUUAUUUCAGUGUUGAGUUAUUUUUAUUAUCUAGAGUCCAAUACCUUUUUCAGGGUUCAAAGAUUUAUUAAUUGUGUUCACAGAAAUCUGUCUUCAGGCUGCUCACUUCAGUGUACAAGCAAGUUAGUGAAAUCUACUGAAAAAUAUCUUAAUUGUAGAUUGUUUGGAUGUUUUUCCUGCAAAAACGUUCAUUCUGAAUAUCUGGCUCCUAAAUAAAUGUGCUUUGAAGCUACUGAUUUCAGAACUAAUAGAUACAGAUUGUUCUUAAAGUAAUAUAGUUCAGUGCUAUGAAGUGCAUCGGUAAUUAAUGUUCAGGUCUCUUGUUAGUGUCCACAAUCAUGGAUACAUAUAUACUCCGGUGUCGUGUCCCCCAAACGGAGCAGGGAGAACUCUUAUCCUAAACUGCAGAUGCUUGCACGUUACUCACAUGGAUUGAACACCACAUGCUUCAGCUUGUCAAGAGGAACAGAAAAAGAACGUGGGAUGAUGUGGGCCUAUGUAGUGAAUAAGGGGUUAUUUGGGGACAGUGUAGAACAGAGGAGACUCGUGUGUGUGUGUGUGAACCAUCUCUUGAGUGUGAUCUAAGGAAUGUUGCACUUCUCUCUUUUGGUUGAAUUCCCAUCCAUCCAGACGUGUGUGUGUAUUGUGUUCUAACACCAGUAUUAUUGAUCUCUAUGAGAGGAGGCUGUAUUUCCAAAAUGUAGCUCUUAAGCGAUCAUCAAGAGGGAAAAAAGCAUUGUAUAAUGUAGUAUAAAAAGAAUCUGGUUUUUGUUCAUUCACACGAUCCACAAAUGUUGCUCCUAGUGCUGGGGAAAUAUAUCAUAUCAUCACCACACACACAGGUUCCAGCAGUUAUGCUUUAGCUCUGUUGACUUUAUAGGAAUUUUUUGCCCCCUUGCUAUGGCAAAAGCCAGAAAUCUACUUUGACACACGACAUUUAAUAUGUUUUCAUACAGAAUUAACCUAGGGCAGUUUUGACCUCGGUUUUGGGAACCGGGAGAAAAAAAGUGGGCGGGGUUUGUGGUGUUUGGUCAGUGAAAGCUCUACAGACUAGAAUGCUUGAUUUGUGCUGAUUUUAUUAUUGUCAAUGUUAGAUUUUUGUUUUCACGUGUUCAGUUAUAUACUGACUGAUGCACCCUAGUGUUUGUAUACACCCCCAUACCCCAUUAUUUACACUUAUGAUGAUUAUUAUUAUUAUUAUUAUUAUUGUUUAGUAUGGAGCGGUCUCAUCCUUUGACAAACUCAAAGGAUUUUGUAGCAAAAUUCAGAAUUUUCUGUUCUCAGCACCUCUGUAAACAAUAUUUUUUCACACUAUUUUAGACACGACAAUUACUUUUAAUUCAGCGUUUCCUAAAGAUCCUGUAACAAGGAAAAGAAACCGCUGGAAUAAAAAUCUCCUGCCAGUUAUUGUCUAACUGCAGACUGGUCAAACAUCCUGAGAAGAAAACUGAAUGAAAUCUAAUCUCACACUCAUGGUCAGCCCCAGAUUUACCCCUAACUGCUUCAGAUUUUACUCCCAGCUCUGUCAGAUUUACUCCCAGCCUUGUCAAAUACCCCCCCCCCCCCCCAAAUCAGAUUUUUACACCCAGCUCUGUCAGCUACCCUUCAGCCCCCGUCAGAUUUACCCCCCCAGACUCGUCAGAUUUACACCCAGCCUCAUCAGAUUUUACCCCCCAGCCCUGUCAGGUUCACUCCCAAACCCCAGCUCCAUCAGUUUUUACCCCCAACCCCCUCAGAUUUGCCCAGCCACAUCACUAGCACGAGUAAGAGCUGUCAGUGUUUCUACAGAUUGCAGAUUAUUUGCAUGUUCCUUUCGUCCCAGCAGCUCAAACCCUUAUUUCCAUGUUGUUCUGAUUUGUUUUUCCACCUCUGUGUUUUUCUUUUUCGUCAUUAUAAAUAGGAAGAGCAGAUUUGGAUGAAUUGGAUGUUUUGAGUAUAAAUUGUUUUGUUUUUGUUUGUUUUUUUAAUUCAACUGUGAGAAUUUCUAAUACCUCAUUUAUUGUAGUUAUCUGCAUUCAAAUCAUAUUUUUGUUUGUUUUUUCAUCAUUUCUCCUGUCUCCAGUCAUCGCUUUUCUGCUUCCUCUUGUGCUUUGAGAGCAUUGAUAUGCAAGUUACAUGUGCUGUGUGUUUGUGGUUUUAAAGAAUUUAUAUCCUUUAUUUUUUCUUUAUUUUUUAAAUAAUUAUAUAUUCAGUAAUGCGCUCUCUGAAACAGCACUCAGCCACAGAAGGGAUGUGUGUACCGUUCAGUAUAUUUAGCUCUGUAGGUCUUCUUGCUUUUUCCUCUCUCUCGCUCCUCCCUCUCUCUGUCUCCCUCUCUUUGUCCCUCCCUCUCUCUGUCUCUCUCUUUGUCCCCCCCUCCCUUUCUGUCUCUCUUUGCCCCCCCCUUCUCUCUCCUCUCUCUUUGUCCCUCCCCUCCCUCUCUGUCUCUCUCUCUUUUUCUCUCUCUCCUCCCUCUCUCUUUGCCCCCCCUCUCUCCGUCUCUCUCUCUCUCUCUCUCUCUCUCUCUCUUUGUCCCCCCCCUCUCUUUCUCCUCCCUCUCUCUGCCCCCCCUCUCUCUCUUUCCUCUCGCUCUCUUUGCCCCCCCCCUCUCUUUCUCUCUCUCUGCCCCCCCCCUCCCCUGCAUAAGUAUUAAUCCUGAUUAUUUAUCAUGACAACACUCGAAAUGAGGGCUGUGAGUUCUCCAUUCUCACCCUGAUAAAGCUCUGCUGCAGUGUAUGAGCUUAUGCUCGAAUGCCUAUUAUUAUUAUUAUUAUUAUUAGUCUUUUUAAUUUUAUUUUUAAAUUGCAGGGUUUUAUGAAGCUGUGCUCUGGAGUGUUCAUGACUGAUACCCCAGUGGUACUUCGGGCUGUUUUCGUAAUCGCACCCUGUUCAUUUAUAUAUUUUUUUUUGUAUGUUAUAGUAAUAAUAAAGCAAGAAAGCCACACGGUACAUAAACAGCAGUAACCUGAAGAAUAAACGUCGGACUCGUCUGACCCGAUAUGCAGAAUUGAAAUCUUCGUCCUUUAGCUGACGAUGAUGAUGUUAUAGUAUUAUGUACAUCUUAAAUAUAUAACACAUUCUGUCCUGAGAGAGAGAGAGAGAGCAGAGAGUGAAAGUUGCUGUUAGACAGACUUUUUUUAAUCCCUCUCCUGGCCUGAGAGACGAGUUCACUGCACUUUUUUUCUUUCUUUUUUUUUUUUACUGCUUUGCUUUCUAAGUUUUGCGUCACGUCAGUAUUAUUAUCGGUUCGUAUCCGUGUGCAGUGAGGAAGCAGCAGCUGGGUUUGUCUUUUUAUUUUUUCCCCUCCAUGUGGACCAAACUGUUCAGUUCUCGCUGGUCUUCAGGUCACUUAAUCGAGUUGGCCUUGCUGUUGCAUCUCGCCUAAUUUUCUGCUUCUGUGUUGAACAUUUCCAGCACAUGUAUUUAACACACACACACGUGUGUGUAUAUAUAUAUAUAU